CAAAUUCCAACAGCAGCAUCUAAAUUGAUUUUAAAAUUCAAACAGAAAUGCGGACCCUCGAUAAAAGAAUGGCGGAGUAGUCACUGCUGUUUUCUCGUGUACACGAGCUUCUUGUGUUCGUUCCACCUCUUGAAGAUGAAGAAGUUCAACUACGAAAUCGUUCUUCUCUCGAUCUCGGAUUUUUCUGAUCGAUGGCGGUUCCCACACUCUGUAUCGCCGAUGGAAUCUACCCCACUGCUUUUUUCUACCGGAAUUCAGUCCGACGACUGACCUCCGUCGCGCAUGAUCGGUUUACGAACCCGAAAUUCGGAAUCGAUGGACGUCUACGGAACGGACCGAAGGUGACGGCAACGGUGAAUCCAUAUACGUACACGGAGGCGGCGCAGCCCGAAGAGCGGAAGAGUUUGACGGAUUUUUUGGUGGAAGCUAGAGAUUUCGUUAGAUCUGACGGCGGAGAUGGUGGUCCACCUCGGUGGUUCUCUCCCUUGGAAUGUGGCGCACGCGCUCCAGAAUCUCCUCUUCUUCUCUACUUACCUGGGAUCGAUGGUACUGGAUUAGGGCUCAUUCGCCAGCAUAAGAGGCUUGGAGAGAUAUUUGACAUAUGGUGCCUUCACUUUCCAGUCACUGAUCGUACCCCUGCUCGAGAUCUUGUGAAGCUCAUUGAGAGAACAGUUAGGUCAGAGUACUUCCGUUUACCAAAGAGACCCAUAUACAUAGUUGGAGAAUCUAUUGGAGCUUGUCUUGCUCUAGAUGUUGCAGCCAGUAACCCUGACAUUGAUCUUGUCUUGAUUCUAGCUAAUCCAGUCACACGUGUCAACAACUUCAUGUUGCAACCUUUAUCGAGUCUAUUGGAAAUUUUGCCAGACGGAGUUCCCAGCUUCCUGGAGGAGAAUUUUCGGUUUGAACAAGGUUAUCCGUUUGCAGCAAUGUUCGAGACUAUGCUGAAUGAAACUGAUGCCGCACAGAUCGGUGGAGGGCUAUUAGGAGACCUCUUUGCAACUUCAGUUAACCUGCCGACUCUGGCUAGGAUCUUUCCAAAGGACACACUUCUAUGGAAGCUUCAACUGCUUAAGUCUGCUUCAGCAUCUGCUAAGUCUCACAUGUACACAGUCAAAGCCCAAACACUUAUACUUUUGAGUGGACGCGAUCAGUGGUUACUAAACAAGGAAGACAUUGAGAAACUCCAUUGUACAUUGCCGAAUUGUGAAGUCCGUAAGUUCGAGAAUUACGGACAGCUUCUCUUUUUGGAGGAUGGGGUAGAUCUGGUGACUAUCAUCAAGUGUACUUAUUAUUAUCGCCGUGGAAAAUUGCUUGAUUACGUUUCUGAUUUCAUUCUGCCUACCCCAUUUGAGCUCAAAGAGUAUGAAGAAUCACAAAGAUUGCUAACUGCUAUAACCUCCCCAGUCUUUCUCUCAACUCUAGAUAACGGUACAGUAGUAAGAUCACUUGCGGGAAUACCUUCAGAGGGACCGGUUCUCUAUGUUGGCAAUCACAUGUUGCUUGGUACCGAAUUGCGUCCAGCAGCAAUUCAUUUCCUGAAAGAAAAGAACAUUCUGUUGCGAGGACUUGCACAUCCAGUGAUGUUUGCCAAAAAAUAUGGCUCAAAACUCCCUGAUAUGCAUAUGUUCGACUCAGUUAGGAUGAUAGGCGCAGUUCCUGUCUCAAAUAUCAAUUUCUAUAAACUACUUCGCUCAAAGGCUCAUGUGGUUUUGUAUCCUGGAGGUGUCCGUGAAGCUUUGCACAGAAAGGGUGAAGUAUACAAGUUGUUUUGGCCAGAACAUUCAGAGUUUGUAAGGACCGCAUCUAAAUUUGGAACAAAAAUCAUUCCUUUUGGGGUUGUUGGUGAAGAUGAUCUCUGUGAAGUAAGCAAAAUCUCUUCUUCUUCGUUUUCGUUUCAGUAUCUGGAAUUCUUUAAAACUCUUUUGAAAAAUGGAAUUGAUUCUCAGGUGGUCUUCGAUUACAAUGAUCAAAUGAAGAUCCCUUUCCUGAAGAAUCUUAUAAAAGAGUUAUCACAAGACUCUACUUACUUGAGGAACGGUGAAGAAGGAGAAGUAGGAAACCAAGAUUUGCAUAUGCCUGGAAUAGUUCCCAAGAUGCCGGGACGGUUUUACGUAUACUUUGGGAAACCAAUUUACACAGAAGGUAGAGAGGACGAGCUAAAUGAUAAAGAGAAAGCUCAUGAGGUUUACUUGCAGGUCAAGUCUGAGGUAGAAAGAUGUAUGACCUAUUUGAAGAUCAAAAGAGAAGGUGAUCCUUAUAGAAACAUUUUAGCGAGGUCCCUCUAUCACUUCUCACAUGGUUUCUCUUCCCAAGUCCCAACCUUUGACCUCCGAAAUCAAUAAUUUUAGUUACUGGAUUUGUGACUUAAUUAACUUUGUGGAAUUUGGAUAUGUUAUUGUAACUUCUAAAAGUACAAGGCUGUUGAUGUAGAAAUUGAGUAAGUUCGGGGUGUUAUGUUAAAAAUUCAUGCAAGUUUGUGUUCUUACAACAUAUCUAGAACGUUUACGUUGAAGCCUUGAAGGUUUGUGUAUUUUGACUAUUUUCUAUUUUAAUAGAAUUGAGUAACUUUUGGGAGUGUUGGG